AAAUCAGACCAAAUUGUUAACUCAGUAUAACAUCUCUCUCUUUCUGGUUAAUGAGCCACAAAAACCACUGAUAUUCGGAACUGAGUAUUUAAGUUUGCUGUAUAUCACAAACACAUACAUACAAACAUUUGUACGUAUAUGCUUGGUGCUGAAGCUUGAGAAAAAGAUUUCAUGGGUAACAUAUUUGUGAAGAAACCAAAGAUUACAGAUGUUGAUCGUGCCAUUCUUUCCCUCAAAACCCAGAGGCGCAAGCUUGCUCAGUAUCAGCAACAGCUGGAAGCUGUGAUCGAUGCUGAAAAGCAAGCUGCCAAGGACUUGCUUCGUGAAAAGAAAAAAGAAAGGGCCUUGUUAGCAUUGAAGAAGAAGAAGGUGCAAGAAGAAUUAUUGAAACAAGUUGAUACCUGGCUCAUUAAUGUUGAGCAGCAAUUGGCAGAUAUUGAAUUAACAAGUAAACAGAAGGCCGUUUUCGAGAGUCUGAAGACAGGUAAUAAUGCAAUCAAAGCUAUACAAAGUGAAAUAAACUUGGAAGAUGUUCAGAAACUGAUGGAUGACACUGCGGAAGCAAAAGCUUACCAAGAUGAAAUUAAUGAAAUUUUGGGCGAGAAGCUAUCUGCAGAAGAUGAAGAGGAGAUUUUAGCGGAAUUCGAAAAUCUUGAAACACAGAUGUCCCUUCAAGAAUUACCAGAAGUUCCUGCAAAGGCUCUGACUUCUGAGAACCUUGAGGAGAGCUUGGACCUUCCAGAUGUACCAACUAAAGCACCAGUUGCAUCAGAGGGCGUUGAAACGAAAGCUCCUUCAGCAAGUAAAGUCAUGGAAGAACCUUUGCCAGCUUGACCAUCAUGAUUCAUGGCUACAAUAUGCAUCCUCUAGAUCCCUGUUUAUUUGGCUGUUUAGGUAUGAUAAGUUGUUUCUGGUUCUUCGGCCCAAUUGUAAAUUUACCAGUGAUGAUGUGUCUUCACUGUAUCCCCAGACUUCCGGUGCUUUGUGAAAAUGUAUACUAUACAUCUAGUACAUGUACAGAACAAUGCUUUCUCUCACAAAUGGAUAAUUUAUUUUUGUACCAGACAAUAUUGUUUUGACCUUGUUCUGCUCCUACUAUGUGAUAUGUAUGAAAGAAGUUCCUUCCUAAUUGGAAGUUGACCUGCCU